AUGAGAAGAUCACAAUCUAUAAGUAGAAAUGAAAUUGAACAAAUUACUCGAAUAUUCUCAUCAAAAUGUCAACAUUUAUCAUUAUAUUUUAAAUUUCCAGAUGAUAAAAUUAGUUUUAUUUUACAAAAUAUGCCACAAUUAUAUACUCUACAUGUUAAUAUUUAUGGGAAAACUUAUUCUACGCUUGAUAUUAAAUGGUUAGAAAAACAACAGACUACAUUCAAUGCUUCAAAUUCUACUAUAGUUAUAAAUGGACAUGAUCAUUAUUUUUGGUUAGACAAAACUUUACUGAAAAAAUGA